CAGCGCCUACCCGCACUGAAUUGGCAAAAUGUUGCAUAGAGCGCAUGAGCCAAAACCAGAGUAGUUUUGUGACAAAACUGCGAUGGAAACCCAUUGAAUUUUAGAUUUUAAUUCGGUACAUAAGCGGAAAAGUACAUUUUUGUGUAGGAACCAUUCCUACCUUACAUUUGCUUCCCCUCCGGACUCAUUCAAAAGCGAGGGAAAGGAAAUCAAGAUGGCGCGUUCAGCGAAGACAGCGUUGGUUCUGUGUCUGGAUGUGGGUUUCUCCAUGUCCAACUCUGCCCCGGGACAGGAACCACCCUUCCAACAGGCCAAGAAAGUCAUCCAGAAGUUUGUUCAGCGCCAGGUGUUUGCUGAGAACAAAGAUGAGCUGGGUCUGGUGCUGUUUGGGUCAGACAACACUAAGAACAACCUAGCUAAAGACGACCAGUACCAGAACAUCUCAGUACACCGCCAACUCAUGAUCCCAAACUUUGAGCUGCUGGAAGAGAUCCAGAAUGAUGUGCACCCUGGGAGUCAACAGGCUGACUGGCUGGAUGCUCUAGUUGUAUGCAUGGACCUGCUUCAGAACGAAACUCUGGGGAAGAAAUAUGAGCGUCUGAACAUCGUCAUGCUCACAGACCUGAACACACCGAGCAGUCCUGACCAGCUGGACAUUAUCAUAGGCAACCUGAAGAGAGCCGGCAUCACUCUGCAGUUCUUCCUACCCUUCCCUGUAGAUGGAGGGGGUUCCAACCCCCCUCACGGGGGUAAAGCUCUGUCCAGAGAGCAGCAGCAGGGGCUGGAGAUGACUAAGCAGGUCAUGAUGUCUCUGGAUGAAGAGGACGGUCUGGAGGAAGUCUACACCUUCAGUGAUGCUAUAGAGAAGUUGUCUGUGUUUAAACGUGUUGAGAAGAGACCCAUGGCCUGGCCCUGUACUCUGACCAUCGGCAGCUCUCUGGCCAUCAAGAUUGUUGGCUACAAAGCAGUAUGUGAGGAGAGACCCAGGAAGUCGUGGUCGGUGGUAGAUGCUCAGACACACCAGAAAGACGACAUAAAAAGAGAUGUAGUUUACUGUCUGAACGAUGACGAAGAGACUGAGGUACAGAAGGACGACACCAUACAAGGGUAUCGUUAUGGCAGUGACAUCGUCCCCUUCUCCAAAGUUGACCAGGACCAGAUGAAGUACAAGACAGAUGGGAAGAGUUUUGCUGUGCUGGGCUUCACCAAACAGAGCAUGAUCAACAGACACCAGUUCGUGGGGACACAGGUCCUCAAGGUGUUCGCCCCUAAAGAUGAUGAGCAUGCAGGUGUAGCUCUCUCAGGUCUGAUCCGUGCUCUGGAUGACCUCAAGAUGGUGGCGGUGGUGAGGUAUGUUUACGCCCGCAAUGGAAACCCGCAACUAGGAGCAGCCUUCCCCUGUAUUAAGGAGAAGUAUGAGUGUCUGGUGUAUAUUCAGCUUCCGUUCAUGGAAGAUCUGAGGCAGUACAGCUUCCCUUCUCUGGAGAACAACAAGAAGUACACUCCCUCAGAGGACCAGCUGUCGGCGGUGGACUCUCUGAUUGACUCCAUGAUGUUGGUGGAGGAGGAUAAGGAUGGAGUGAAAAAAGACCUCUUCAAAGUCAACCACAUCCCCAACCCUCAGUACCAGAGACUGUUCCAGUGCCUGCACCAUCGGGCGGUGAAUCCCAGUGCCCCGCUCCCCCCCAUGGACCCCUGGCUGACUACAGCUCUCCAGCGCCCCCUCGCGGUGGCCACCCGCUGUCAAGCCCCCCUGGAGAUACUGAAGAAGAAGUUCCCUCUGAAGGAGGUGGUCAAGAAGAAGGAACUGAAGACCAGCAAGGAGCUGUUUGGGAACAGCACUGAGGAGCCUGAUGCCAAGAAGGCCAAAGUUGACGAGGAAGAAGACUUUAACCUGGCUGACAUCACAGAGGGAAGCAUCACACAGGUGGGUAGUGUAGAUCCAGCACGGGAUUUCCGCACUCUGAUUCGCCAGAAGAGUCUUCCGUUUGGAGAGGUGUGUCAACAGCUGACUGGCAGGAUAGAGCAGUUGCUUGGCAACAAGAACAUGAACUACUACAUAAAGUGCAUCCCCUGUAUCCAGACCUUCAGAGAGCAGUCUGUUCAGGUUGGGAAUGCUGAUCACUACAACAGCUACAUCCAGUCUCUGAAGACCAGUAUUCCUGUUAGAGGCCUUCAGGAAUUCUGGGACAUGCUAGUCCAAGAUGCCCUGACCCUGAUCAACAAGGACGAAGUUGAAGGGAGCACGUUCUCGAGUCAUGAUGCCAAGCAGUUUCUGACUGCAGGGGAGAAGAAAGAGGAGGUAGUAGCAGCUGUGGUGGACGAUACAGGAGAUGUGGACGACUUGCUGGACAUGAUGUGAGGUAGAAGACGGCGGGGUUGAGGAGUGGAGGAUGAAGGAAACGUGACCAAACAGAUUCAACUGUCUAUCAUCUGCCACCUGGAGUUAACAGCAUACUUUGGGAUUUUGACCAUUUAUUGACUUCCCCAGAGUCAGAUGAUUACCAUGUGGAUGUGGUUUUUAUGUAUCUGCAUUCAGUAGGUAGGAAGUCAGAGGUCAUGCUAGCUGAUAUCAUAUACAGAGCAUCCGGAAAGUAUUCAGACCCCUUGACUUUUUCCACAUUUUGUUACGUUACAGACUUAUUCUAAAAUUGAUUAUAUUGUUGCCUUUCCUCAUCAAUAUACACCCCAUAAUGACAAAGCAAAAACAGGUUUUUAGAAAUUUUGGCAAAUGUAUUAAAAAUAAAAACGUAUUGCAUUUACGUAAGUAUUCAGUACUUUGUUGAAGCACCUUUGGCAGCCAUUACAGCCUCGACUCAAAUUGUAGUCACAUGCGCCGAAUACAACAGGUGUGUAGACCUUACAGUGAAAUGCUUACUUACAAGCCUUUAACCAACAAUGCAGAUUUAAUUUUUAAAAAGCCAACAUUAAAAAAAAAAUAAAAAUAAUAAUAAUUAAAGAGCAGCAAUAAAAUAUCAAUAGCGAAGCUAUAUACAGGGGGUACCGGUACAGAGUCGAUGUGCGGGGGCACUGGUUAGUCGUGGUAAUUGAGGUAAUAUGUACAUGUAGGUAAAGUUAUUAAAGUGACUAUGCAUAGAUAAUAAACAGAGAAAUAAAAAUAGCAGCAGUGUAAAAGAGGGGGGGGCCAAUGCAAAUAGUCUGGGUAUUAGCUGUUCAGGAGUCUUAUGGCUUGGGGGUAGAAGCUGUUUAGAAGCCAUUUGGACCUAGACUUGGUGCUCCGGUACCGCUUGCCGUGCGCUAGCAGAGAGAACAGUCUAUGACUAGGGUGACUGGAAUCUUUGACAAUUUUUGGGCCUUCCUCUGACACCGCCUGGUAUAGAGAUCCUGGAUGGCAGGAAGCUUGGCCUCAGUGAUGUACUGGGCCGUACACACUACCCUCUAGUGCCUUGCGGCCAGAGGCUGAGCAGUUACCGUACCAGGCAGUGAUGCAACCAGUGAUGCUCUCGAUUAGUGCAGCUGUCGAACCUUUUGAGGAUCUUAGGACCCAUGCCAAAUCUUUUCAGUCUCCUGAGGGGGAAUCGCUUUUGGGUAUGAGGCUAAAAGCAUGGCACACCUGUCUUUGGGGAGUUUCUCCCAUUCUUCUCUGCAGAUCCUCUCAACUCUGUCAGGUUGGAUGGAGAGCAUUGCUGCACAGCUAUUUUCAGGUCUCUCCAGAGACUUGUCCUGAAGCCACUCCUGCGUUGUCUUGGCUGUGUGCUUAGGGUCAUUGCCCUGUUGGAAGGGGAACCUUCGCCCCAGUCUGAGGUCCUGAGCAGGUUUUCAUCAAGGAUCUCUCUCUGUACUUUGCUCUGUUCAUCUUUCUCUCGAUCCUGACUAGUCUCCAAGUCCCACAGCAUGAUGCUGCCACCACCAUGCUUCACCGUAGGGAUGGUGCCAGGUUUCCUCCAGAAGUGACACUUGGCAUACAGGCCAAAGUGGUCAAUCUUGGUUUCAUCAGACCAGAGAAUCUUGUUUCUCAUGGUCUGAGAGUCCUUUAGGUGCCCUUUGGCAAACUCUAAGCGGGCUGUCAUGUGCCUUUUACUGAAGAGUGGCUUCCAUCUGGCCACUCUACCAUAAAGGCCUGAUUGGUAGAAUGCUGCAGAGAUGGUUAUCCUUCUGGAAGGUUCUCCCAUCUCCACAGAGGAACGCUGGAGCUUUUUCAGAAUGACCAUCGGGUUGUUAGUCACCUCCCUGACCAAGGCCCUUCCCCCCGAUUGCUCAGUUUGGCCAGACGGCCAGCUCUAGGAAGAGACUUUGUGGUUCCAAACUUCUUCCUUUAAGAAUGAUGGAGGCCACUGUGUUCUUGGGGACCUUCAAUACUGCAGACAUUUAUUGGUACCCUUCCCCAGAUCUGUGCCUCGACACAAUCCUCCUGUGUGAAACUUGAUUUGUUUUUUCAAUCAAGUUGUAGAAACAUCUCAAGGAUGGUCAAUGGAAACAGGAUGCACCUGAGCUCAAUUUAGUCUCAUAGCAAAGGGUCUGAAUACUUAUGUAAAUAAGUUAUUUCCGUUUUUAUUUUUGCAAAAAUGUCUAAACCUAUUUCCACUUUGACGGUAUUGGGUGUAGAUUGCUGAGAAUGGGUAUUUAUUUAAUCUAUUUUAGAAUAAGGCUAACGUAACAAAAUGUGUAAAGUCGAGGGGUCUGAAUACUUUCCGAAGUCACUGUACUUCCUGUCCAUUGUCCUGACUCUAGUUAGCAACUUCCUUCAAACUGCACACAGACAUGAACCCCUGGACACCAUUUUUAUCUGACUGUGGGGAAGUAGAGAACUGGCUUCAUUGUCAAAAUCCCAACAUAUCCCUUUAACCUGUACAUUACAGUAACACUCUCUCUGUCCAAUAGUCUAAAUGAAGACUCACUAUACAGGUACUGAAACCAUUUCUCAGUAGUGACUGAACAAUGGUUGAGGUGGUUUGUUGAUCGAGAUAGAUGCAUCACUGAAGAAAUGCGACAUUGGAGCAGUACUUUCAUCUCUGUAUGGCUCUGCUUUGUCAACUUGGUUUAAAUGGUUUGUCAACUUGGUUUAAAUGCUUUGUCAACUUGGUUUAAAUGCUUUGUCAACUUGGUUUAAAUGCUUUGUCAACUUGGUUUAAAUGGUUUGUCUCUGUAUGGCUCUGCUUUGUCAACUUGGUUUAAAUGGUUUGUCAACUUGGUUUAAAUGGUUUGCCAACUUGGUUUAAAUGAUUUGUCUCUGUAUGGCUCUACUUUGUCAACUUGGUUUAAAUGGUUUGUCUCUAUGGCUCUGCUUUGUCAACUUGGUUUAAAUGGUUUGUCUCUGUAUGGCUCUGCUUUGUCAACUUGGUUUAAAUGGUUUGUCAACUUGGUUUAAGUGAUUUGUCUGAACUUGUGUCUGUACGUCUACGUAGAAUUCUCUCAAGUUAAUAAAAUUGUUGUAUUUUUCUUUAUAA